GGCUUGCGAGAGUGGGGCGGAAGUGGAGAGCGGGAGUGGGGCGGAAGUGGCGGCGGUCCCUCUGCCGAGGCUCGGGCCGGCGCCAAGAUGCUGCUGGUCCUGGCGGAGGAGCACAAGGAGCACCUGGGCUUCCUGACACGGGUGGACGCGGCCGUUGUAGGAGAAUUCUGUCGAAUUGCUGUGGAGUUUUUGAAGAAAGGCUCGAAUCCCAAAAUAUUUGAAGGCGCGGCAAGGAAGCUGAAUGUGAAUACAGAAACAGUGCAAAAUGGAGUUGAGGGGCUGAUGUAUCUGAUGACGGAAAGCUCCAAAAUGAUGAUUUCCGAAGUGGAUUUCCAAGACUCUGUGCUUGUCCUGGGGUUUUCUGAAGAUCUAAACAAGUUGCUGCUGCAGCUUUACCUGGACAAUAGGAGAGAGAUUCGGCAGAUUCUGAGUGAACUGGCUCCUGACCUCCCGCAUUAUCACAAUUUAGAGUGGAGACUCGAUGUACAGUUAGCCAGUCGUGCCUUAAAGCAACAAAUCAAACCACUGCUGACCCUGAAGCUACAUCUGGAGCAGAAUGGCCGCCGCAAUGCCAGCGUGUUUCAGACUGACCCAGCCACCCUCCUGCACCUAAUUCGCAAGCUGGAGCAAGCGCUGAGCGAAAUGAAGACCAACCAUUGCAGGAGGAUCGUGCGCAAUAUAAAAUGAGGAGAUUGAAGAUCAUCAGUCCUCGUGUCAAACUGUGACGGCAGACAGAAUGAAAUCGAGGGAAACAUGCUAUUUUGUGUACUGGAUCUUUAAAAUUUGGACGCACUUUUCAGAACGACAGUGGGUUUCACUUGGUGUUUAUUGGAGUGCUUGAGCACAGGAGAAUUGCCCACAAAUAAAAUAUAUAACGGAUUAUUAUUAGCUGAAGUUGUCACGGUGCUCUCCCUAAAGUGCUUUAUAUUGAUCGCAAUCCACUGUUAAGAUCUAAGCUCCAGCUGGUCACACCUUGGGUAGAGAAGAAAUAAAAGUAGGGAAUCAUUAGCGGAAUAAUUAUGUAUAAAGAGGACUGUUGUAAUCCAUCGUAAAAGACCGCUAAAGUUAACCAGGGCUGGGGGAGGGUGGGAGAAUAGUUCUUAAAUGGGGACAAAAAGAAAGUAAGACUAAGGCUUCCAGGAUAACACUUUUCUACCUCUGGUGGGGGGAGAGGGUUUGAGCUUAAAUCAACGGCAGGACUGCCAGGAUACAAAUCCCCGCUCGGUUUGGUGGCUGCCAUGUUCUUGCAUGCAAUGAAUUUGGGGCUUGAUUGUAUGCGACACAAAGCUCUCCACAAAAAAGGCACUGAAGUGGCAGCAUUGCUGGACGCAGGGAGGGAACUUGAUGUUAGAGAUUAGGAUGGGGGCAUUUUGCCGGUUUAGUUUUUGAAAAAGCUGCACUGAGGUUGGCAUUUAACAAGGCGCAUGUUGGAUUUGCUGUCAAUGAACCAGGAUUUAGACUUGGACAAGCAGUUUACUACUUGGACUAGGAUGAGAGGAAUGGGGGGGGGAGGGGGGGAAGACGGGACAACAAUCCCAAGUAUAAACCUGUGAAUUUUAUAAUACUUACAAAGGAUGGUCUUUCUAAAUUGUUAUAUUUUUGCAAAUUCAGAAGCCAAUUGUCAGGGCAUUUAAUAUUGUUUAACUUUAUUUCCAGUUGUAAUUCUUACAUGACAAUCAUUACACAUGACUGGUAGAUCAAAGUCAUAAGCUAAAAUAAUAUUCAAACUGCCAAAUCUAAUUUGUAGGGGUCUAGUGUGCAAUGACGCUUAAUUUGGAGUGCAGGUUCUAGUGCAUCCACAGCAAACUUAAGAAUGCUUUCUAAAUCAAUUGCAGGCUGUGUCAAUAACAGUUAAAUCAGAUUAUUAGUGCUUUUGAAAUGUUUAUUUUCAAUGUGGUAUAGUGUCGAUAAAAAUAAAAACUUUCCCCUGGAAGAACAUCAGCUGAACCUGGUGUGACCAUUUGGUUUCACUGUUGUAAUGUGAACAUUUGAACUACCUGGUUUGGACUUUUGUUAACUCGUUGCAAAGUCACUUCUGCCCAGACACCCGUGCCAUGAAUGUUUUGCUAAAUGGCAAUGCUUAUAGAACCAUGGCAAUAUCUUUGCCAGUCACAAUCCAUUGUAAGUGCAGAGAGGAAACCAGGAUUUUCAUGUUACUCUUUGUGACGUCAAUGUUAAGGUGAACAUUUUGCCUGUAGUGAUAAUGUUUGGGGAACAGUAGGAAAAGUGAUUAGAAAUGUUUGUAGAAAUGUAAAAGGAUCGCAUUACACUUGAUUCAUUUCUCUCACACACCCCUUCUGUUUUGAAAGCAGAUUGAAAAUUUAGCUUUUUUGGGUUGGAAAGGCCUUGAUAUGAAUGCAGAAUUCAGCUAAUGUUCUUUCAUUGUAUUACCCAUUCAUUGUGCCAUAGACGAGCUCCAUUGAAAUGUUUUUUCUAAGUGCCGAGUGGUAACUGUGAAGCAUUAAAGUGGAAAAAUUAUGGCUACCUAAAAUCAUGCUGACCUACACCUCCAACAUUUAUGCUAAUGGCACAAGUUGAUCAUCUGUGUAUUCCCAUUUGAGUAUUUAAAACUAAUUCCUACCAUAAUCUAAAAUGGUGAUUGCAUUACUGGCAUUACAUUUCCCUUCAUGCGAUACAUUUGGUCAAUGUGUUUUUUAACUUCAUAAAUUUUUUCCCUACUGUUUGAAUUCUUUCCUGACUUUAAAGCUGGUUUUGUUCUGUGAUUUGAUUUACGAUGCCAGCCUAUAAACUAUGCUGAUAUAAUCAUGGAAGUUUAGUCCAAAAUAACUGGUACCAGAUUUAUGAGAAGGCUUUGGGGAGGUCAAUAUUUGUACCUGAUAUAACAGAAUUGCCAAACAAUUGUUUGUGCCAAAAUGUUAUGCAGUAAGAAACCUUGUUCUGUUUAAACUUGAUUCUUAAUUCAUAACUCCGGUGCCUAAAAUGUCAUAAAAUACUUUUGGAUACAAA